AUGGCACCUCCUACGUUGCAUGAGGUCGAGGGACAGCCCUCCCGUCAGAACAAGGACGAUGCGUAUCUGGCCCGCCUUGGAAAGCGCCCGGUCUUACAGAGAAACUUCGGUUUGAUGUCCAUGGUCGGCUUUAGCUGUACUAUACUCAUCACCUGGGAAGCCGUAACGACUGGUGGUCCGGCUGGUUCAGUGUACGGCUACAUCUUCGUUUGGAUCGGUGUUACGGCAACGUUUGUCGUGGUGUCUGAGCUGGUGUCCAUGGCGCCCACAUCCGGUGGACAAUACCACUGGUGCUCAAUGAUGGCACCCAAAUCUGCUAUGAAAGUUCUUAGUUACAUCACAGGCUGGCUCACGGUUAUUGGGUGGCAGGCCACCUAUGCCACCGGCUUGUACUUGAAUGGUAACUUCAUCGAGGCGCUUAUUAUUCUCACUAAUCCUGAUUAUACCCCUGCACCGUGGCGGAAGACUCUAUACUCCUGGGCAACUGCAGUAUUUGCAGCCAGUAUGAAUAUCAUUGGGGGCAAGCUGCUGCCUCGGUUUGAAGGAACAAUCCUUAUUCUGCAUAUUCUUGGCUUCUUUGCCGUUUUGAUUCCAUUGACGCACAUGGCAGAGCAUAAACCAGCUAAGGAAGUAUUCACUUAUUUUAUAAACGAGGGCCAUUGGCCCUCACAGGGUCUCUCUUUUUUCAUUGGCCUCAUUGGCCCUGUUUUUGCAUUUGCUGGUGGUGAUGCUGCAGUCCAUAUGGUUGAGGAGAUGACCAAUGCUACCGUGGCUGUGCCCUGGUCCCUGAUGCUUACAGUUCUCAUCAACGGGACACUGGGAUUCAGCAUGUUGAUUGCGUUAUACUUCUGCCUGGGAGACAUUGAAACGUCUCUGAAGUCUGCAACCGGCGUCCCAUUCCUAUCUAUUUUCUAUCAAGCCACAGAGUCAGUGGCUGGCACCGCAGCAGCAGGCUCCGUCAUCCAGGCAAUGUGCUGUUGCACAACAGUCGGCAUGUUAGCAUCGGCGUCGCGUCAGUUCUGGUCAUUCUCUCGGGACCGAGGAAUUCCCGGAUGGCGCAUGUGGAGCAAGGUUACCCGCCGCACCGCAAUUCCAACCUACACCGUCCUCCUCACAUCAACAAUUGGCUGUCUUCUCAAUCUUAUCAACAUCGGCUCCGACGUCGCGUUUAACAGUCUUGUCUCCAUGUCAACGUCUGGCCUUUACCUCUCCUACAUGAUCGCCGCAGGCCUGCUUCUUUACCGUCGUUGCACAGGCGAAAUCAGCCACUCGAAAGCAAGUUCCGAUCAAACAAUGGUCAAUACAGCAGGUGCCAGACUCAUAUGGGGACCAUUUCACAUCCCCGGUCUCUGGGGCAUUGGGAUCAAUAUCUUCUCCCUGUGCUAUAUGUUUAUUGUGAUAUUUUUCAGCUUCUGGCCACCGAUCAAUGACGUUAAUUCUCAGUCAAUGAAUUAUAGUAUAGUCGGAACGGCAGGAACUAUCAUUCUUAGUUUAGGAUACUAUGUUGUGAGAGCAAGGGGAAUUUAUACUGGGCCUGUGGUUGAGAUUUAGAACUUUGAGCGUGAUUCAUUGCAGAGGAAAUAAAGGGAAGAAAUAAU